GCAGGAGCAUGUGCACAUCCUGUUGUAGCUGGUUUUGUUUGGAACCCACCGCCACAGUGGAAGAAAACGUCAGCUCAUGGCGCCAGGCCUACACAAACUUGGGCUACAACCAAUCCCUAACCUCUCCUGAACAUUUGUGCAAGGCCUGCGGAGGCCAUUUUGACACCAUUGCUAGGAAGGUAAGAGGCACUGAACCAAUGGGUAAUACCCUGAUAAAUAUUGUAAAGGAGGGCCGGCUGGCCAGCUCUCAUCUGAAAUGUGGGUAGCAGAGUGUGACUUGAUAGUCUGGAACAGCAUAGACCCAAGAGGAUUUGAUACAGAUGUGCUGCUACAGACUCCAAAGUAACAUAUUUGAUUGUCAACAGAGUUACUAGAAUUUAGACUUCUACGAUUCACUACAAUUCAUAGAUACACUAUAUCAGUAAGUUCUUAAUCAGUAGCUGACAGUAAUUGACCCUGUACUAGUCAGUCUUACAACACAGAGAUGCUCACAUUCCGGAAAGUCCAAUACAGUAGGCUACACCUCUAGAAUAGUGACUGUAUUUCUGAGAAGGCUGUUUAAAUCACUAGCAAAUGUAGGUCGGGUAUUUCUCCUCCAACAGGCCUUGCCCACCUGACAUGUUUGCCUGCCAGUUGCCACACACAAUCUCACCAGCAAAGUAAACAGCCACCUUUUUAAUUGCCUGUUAUAUAAGUUAUUACUGUACGUACAUCACUAGUUUACAUGGAACUAAGAUCUUAUCGUCUUUUCUAUAAAUGUGCCAACAGCUGUGGGCCAGAGGUUACAGUUAUUUCUGAGAGAGAAGUUGUUGAAUAAGUUUUUGUACAGUAUGGCUAACUUACUUGAUUCAAUUUCUCAACUACUCAUCAAUAAGGUUCUAGUCUAGUGCUCAGGUUGCCUGCGCAGAGCACACACACUGAGUGUCAUUCUUUCACACCUGUUACUUUGACCGUUCAUUCCUUGGUAAGAGUUUCACCCUCAUUGUGUCCUGUCCUCCUCUCUCUCUACCCCAGCAUGUCUGUGUGGACUGCAAGAAGAACUUCUGCGGCCACUGCUCGGUGCAGCUGGAGCCGCCAUGCCCGCGCCUCUGCCACACAUGUCAGCGCUUUCACGGAACCCUAUUCGACCGCGCCCAGUUGAUGCGACUCAAGGUGCGCCGCUGCUCUUUUUUUUUUAACAGUUGAUGGCAAAUAAACAAGGACAAAUGCAUUAGGUUAAGUUACAUGUCGAACUAUAUAUAGCUAAGUCAGGUGGAAGCUAAAGCCAUAACACUUUUCAUUCUGUUACUCUUAUAUCUGUGUAUUAACACUAAUUACAUUAGUUAGACAUUUUAUUAAGAUUUCAAGAUGACAUGAUGUUUAGUAACUGCAUUAUAAGACGAAUAAGGAACAUUUAAAAUAGUGUCAGAUGUAAUUCAACAAUAACCCCAAAAACUAGGUGCGGGAGCUGCGUGACUACCUCCACCUGCAUGAGGUGCCCACCCAGACGUGCCGGGAAAAGGAGGAGCUGGUUGAGCUGGUCCUGGGCCAGCAGACCCCGAGCACCAGCACCAGCAGUGAGAUGGUGUCCUCCCAGCCCGGGGCUCACAACAACGUCCCUUCCCCAGGCACACCGUCCCCUCCCCAGACACAGGGCCCUAUCAGCCCUGACACAUUGAGCCCAGAGCAGCCAGAACAAUCAGCCCCCGAGGCAGAGCCAGAGUCAGAGCAGAUCUCUGAUGAGGAAGAAGAAGAAGAGGAUGAUGAAGAAGAGGAGGACGAGGGUGAAGAGGUACUGCUAAAUUCAAGGUUUUGGGAUUGAUUAAUCAGUAGCUGGUAGAUAAAUGGAUGCCUAUCACCACCAAGGGGAUAAUCAAUGUCAGACAGCAGCAGAGACGCAAAGACCAGACAAAACAAAAUUAAUCAAGUUGUCCCUGUUUUUAGUUUAGCAAACCACUGUUGUUGACAAACCCAAAGACGAGACAAAAUACACACUGGCCAAACCAAAAAAUACAGACCAGACAAAAUACACAUUAUUAUUUUGACCCACCUCCAUGGUUGUCCUAUUCCUGCAGUCAUCGGACAACGAGGAGACCCUGAUCCCCGGCCGCAGGGCCUCUCUGUCUGACCUGAGCUGCGUUGAGGACAUCGAGGGUCUGAGCGUGCGCCAGCUCAAGGAGAUCUUGGCCCGUAACUUUGUCAACUAUAAGGGCUGCUGCGAGAAGUGGGAGCUGAUGGAGAGGGUCACCCGCCUCUACAAUGACCAGAAGGACCUCCAGAACCUAGGUGAGCAUUUCCAGGGUGUGGUCCUGUGAGGCUAAUUUGGUAAUAGCGUGCCGCUAGCAAUCCCAGGGAAGUGGGUGCGAUUUCCGCUGGGACCACAUAUAUUAAAAUGUAUGCACUCACUGUAGACUACUCCAAGUGUCUGCUAAAUGGCAUAUAUUAUAUCUGGGGAUGACUGGUGUGGAACUUUAGCCUGUAAAAAAAUACGUAUUAAUAUCAGUUCAAUUCUUUGUUGUUUCUUUUUUCCAGUUUCAGAUACAAGAAGUAAAGAAGGUAAGGGUCUUGUUUCAAGCUCAAAAGACAAGAGAAGCAUGAUCAAAAGCAUUUUGAGAAGCACUUGAAGAUCUAAAUCAUGCACUGAUCCAAAGUAAUUAUUUGGUCCCACACUGCUUAAAUGUAUCAUUUUAUGGACAACCUGCCAAAUAUGAAACAAUGAAAGAUGUUAUUUAGAACACACUCAAUAGAGACCUAUCUUCUCUCCUCUUUCCCCUGUCGUUGUGCCAUAGACCCAGCGGCUCCCAAGAGCCAGGAGGAGAACCUCUGUCGGAUCUGCAUGGACUCUCCCAUUGACUGUGUUCUGCUGGAGUGCGGCCACAUGGUCACCUGCAGCAAGUGCGGCAAGCGCAUGAGCGAGUGCCCCAUCUGCAGGCAGUACGUGGUACGGGCGGUGCAUGUCUUCAGGUCC